AUGUACGUUAUUUGUUCUCUCCUCAGGUACCUUGCCAGUGGGAACACCUUAACUGAUUUGUACUACACCUACAGAAUUGGAGUUUCAACCUUAUCUGAUAUAAUCCAGAGUGUUUGCACGAGCAUUUGGACUGUCCUUAAGAAUGAAAGCAUUCCUCAACUAACGACGGAAAGACUGAUGGAGAUUGCUGAGAAGUUUGAAGAAAAUGCAAAUUUCCCUAACUGCUUCGGGAGUGUUGACGGGAAACAUAUUCGAGUGAUCAAGCCACAGCACAGUGGCUCAUUGUGCUUUAACUAUAAAGAUUACUUUUCUGUUGUUUUGAUGGCAGUAGCUGACAGUCAAUACAAGUUUGUCUAUGUUGAUAUUGGCUCUUAUGGCAAAGACAGUGACCCUACAGUGUUCUCUAAUACAACAUUUUGGAAGGCAAUCGUCAGUGGAGAACUGAAGCUCCCUGAAUCAAAACAUCUGCCAAAUGAUGGAGGAGUUACAGUGCCUUAUGUGCUCGUCGGUGACGAAGCCUUUGGGCUGCACCCUAACCUUAUGCGCCCUUUCGGAGGAAAAAUGCUAAGUGUCCAAAAACGUGUCUUCAACUACCGUUUAACCAGAGCAAGGAGGUUUGUGGAAUGCACUUUCGGUAUUCUUACCAACAAAUGGAGGAUUUUCCAUCGACCACUGAAUGUUUCUUUGGACUUUGCAACAAAAAUCAUUCAAGCAUGCUGUGUACUUCAUAAUUUUGUCAGAGACAGAGAUGGUUACGCAUUUGAAGACACUCUUUCUGUGGCAGGCUUUCAAGACUGUGAUGCAGAACGCCAGAAUCAACGAGGAGGCUUGCAGGCAACAAACAUCCGUCAGAAGUUUGCAGAGUACUUCAUGAGUGAACAGGGUUCAUUGCCAUGGCAAAUGAGCAAAAUAUAG